GAGAAAAAAAAAAAAAGAAAGAAAGAGUUCAACUAUAAUAACACUCCCAAUUUCCAAAAUGCAGCCCAUGAAAGAAAACUGAAACCAAAACAGAGCUUUUUUUAAGGCAAAACGGUUCAAGUCACAACCUCUGGCACACAACCACUGCAUCCCUCCAGCUCCAAGCGUUCUCCACGCUCCAUGACCCAACAAAAAGCGACUCAAAACACGACACCAAAGGCGAGUUUUAAACAUUCUUUUACAGCAGCGACAGCUCUCGAGGCAUUCCCCCUUCCCACCGGGGCCCGCAGAGCCCUGACAUCCAGCCGGGACAAUGUUCCGAGCGGCGGCCAGCGCCGGGAGCCCGGCGGGCUGCGGGGCCGCUCAGCACCGGGCCCGCUGCCCGGGGCUCUGCCCGGGAUCCCCGCCCGGAGAGCGGGGAACGGCCCUAACGGCCCGCCCGGCCCGGCCCGCAGCUCCUCGGGGAUUUUCCUCCGGCGUCAGCCGCGGCCGGAGCUUCGGCCAGGCCCGGCGACCUUGAGGGGAAUCAGCGGGGAAAGCCAGCUCCGGCCAACAAAGGGCGGCCCCGCGGCGGCUCCGCCGGGCGGGCCCGGCCCCGCGCUGGCCGCGGCGCGCCGCAAGGACGGCGGCCCGGCCGGCAAGUUCUGGGAGAGCCCCGACACCGUGUCCCAGCUCGACUCGGUCCGCGUGUGGCUGGGGAAGCACUACAAGAAGUACGUCCAGGCAGAUGCUCCUACCAAUAAAACCUUGGCUGGGCUGGUGGUGCAGCUGCUGCAGUUCCAGGAAGAUGCCUUUGGAAAACAUGUCACCAAUCCUGCCUUCACAAAGCUUCCUGCAAAGUGCUUCAUGGAUUUCAAAGCUGGAGGUACAUUAUGUCACAUUCUUGGUGCUGCUUACAAAUAUAAGAAUGAGCAGGGCUGGAGGAGGUUUGACCUGCAGAAUCCCUCCCGGAUGGACCGGAACGUGGAGAUGUUCAUGAACAUUGAGAAAACACUGGUGCAGAACAACUGUCUGAGCAGACCAACCAUCUACCUCAUUCCUGACAUGGAGCUGAAGCUGGCCAACAAGCUGAAGGACAUUGUCAAGCGUCACCAGGGAACAGUCACUGAAGAGAAAUCCAAGGCCACCCACCACGUGUAUCCAAGUCCUACCUCAGUGGAUGAUGAUGAGUGGUUGAGACCUGUGAUGAAAAAGGACAAGCAGGUGCUGGUACACUGGGGCUUUUUUCCAGACAGCUACGACACCUGGGUCCAUGCCAGCGAAAUCGAGGCGGAAAUUGAGGACGCGCCGAUCCCCGAGAAGCCCUGGAAGGUUCAUGCCAAGUGGAUUCUGGACACGGAUGUGUUCAAUGAGUGGAUGAAUGAGGAGGAUUAUGAGGUGGAUGAGAACAGGAAAUCCGUGAGCUUUCGCCAGAGGAUCUCCAUGAAGAAUGAGGAGCCCGUGCGGAGCCCUGAGAGGAGGGACAGGAAAGCAGCAGCCAGCACCAGGAAGAGGAAACACUCCCCCUCUCCACCCCCCACUCCUGUGGAGUCCAGGAAAAAGACAGGGAAGAAAGGGCAAGCAGCUCUCUAUGGCAAAAGGAGGGGGCAGAAGGAAGAGGAUGAGCAGGAGGAUCUCACCAAGGACAUGGAGGAUCCCACCCCAGUACCCAACAUAGAAGAAGUGGUACUUCCCAAAAAUGUGAACCCAAAGAAGGACAGUGAGAACACGCCCGUGAAAGGAGGAACCGUGGCAGACCUGGAUGAGCAGGAUGAGGAGACAGUGGCUACUGGAGGAAAGGAGGACGAGGACCCCAACAAGGGCGACCAGAGCCGCUCCCUGGACGCGGGGGAGGACAAUGUCACCGAGCAGACCAACCACAUCAUCAUCCCCAGCUACGCCUCCUGGUUCGACUACAACUGCAUCCACGUGAUUGAACGUCGUGCACUUCCAGAGUUCUUCAAUGGGAAAAACAAGUCCAAGACUCCAGAAAUAUACCUGGCCUACAGGAACUUCAUGAUCGACACGUACCGCCUGAACCCGCAGGAGUACCUGACCAGCACAGCCUGCAGGAGGAACCUCACCGGGGACGUCUGUGCUGUCAUGAGGGUCCACGCCUUCCUGGAGCAGUGGGGGCUCAUCAACUACCAGGUGGAUCCCGAGAGCCGCCCCAUGGCCAUGGGGCCCCCCCCGACCCCCCACUUCAACGUGCUGGCCGACACCCCCUCGGGGCUGAUGCCGCUGCACAUCCGCACCCCAGGUUCCAGCUGCCCAGCAGAUGCUGAGCUUCCCUGAGAAGAACAAGGAGAAGCCAACUGACCUGCAGAACUUUGGCCUUCGCACAGACAUCUACUCCAAAAAGACUCUGGCCAAGAGUAAAGGUGCAAGUGCUGGCAGAGAAUGGACAGAGCAGGAGACACUGCUGCUGUUAGAGGUGAGUUCAUGA